UCAAUGAAAUUUUGGAGUCCGGAUACAAGAGUGUGAGUAAGAGAGAGAGAGAGAGAGAAAGAGAGAGAGAGAUGAGGGAAGUGUAAGAAACUGAGAUGUUACAUUGUCUGACCUAAAGCUUUAAUCUUUCUGUUUUGUUGCAAAGAUUUCGUAUCUCAGCUCAGCUCAAUAGAUUCUACUUUAGCUAGAUCUAUCCAUUUUGCUUAGAUAAAGGGUGGAUUUUGAUCUAGUUUAGGGGUUUUGAUCAUCUGAGAUUAACUCAAGUUAUAAGAGGUAAUUUCUCUUUCUGCAUCCUUUACAUUAUGAUCCUUAAUUCCAUGUGUUAACAAUUAAAGUUAAAUGAAAAUUAUAAGUGAUUUUUCCCCUUUCGUUUUCCUGAAAUUUAGCUGCUAAAUAUCUCUGAUGACUUUGCUAUAUUUGUUGUAAUAAUUUGUGAUUUGUUUGCCUAAUAAGGUGAUCCAUAACCAUAUAAAGUCUCAUCAAGAUUUAUAGAGCAAUGAAGUUAUGGUUUAUCUCGGUAGAAUCAAAACAAUGCCAUUUUUACUUUAGUAAUCUCCACUAACUUAUAAUGUUUAAACAUCCCUUGCAUUUGAUUCAUGUCUCUAUGGCUAUGUGGAUGCUUCAAGUGGAUUGUAUUGUAUGUAAACAUUGAAAUAUUGGAUGCUUUCUGAUUUGGUUCGUUGCUUCAGAUAGUUUUUUCCGUCUGAUAAUGCACAAUAAUAGUUGAAUUCCAUCAAUGAUAAAUAAAAGGUUAUUUGACUGUUGAGCUGAAAUUUUCCUUUGAUGGCAGGCUUAUGCUCGCAGUGGUUAGAUGGAUAUUGUUUAGAGAAGAGAUAUUAAUAUAGUUAUUCUUGGGAUCCUCCUGCAGAAUGUCAUUCCGCAGCAUAGUUCGUGACGUUCGUGAUAGUUUUGGGAGCUUAUCUAGGCGUAGUUUUGAUGUCAAACUUACUGGCCAGCAUCAUAGAGGAAAAUCACAUGGAUCGGUGCAGGAUUUGCAUGACCAACCUCUAGUAAUUCAAAAUAGUUGCUGGGCGAACUUACCCCCAGAGUUACUAUUUGAUGUCAUUCGACGGCUAGAGGAGAGUGAGAAUACAUGGCCUUCACGAAAGCAUGUAGUUGCAUGUGCUUCUGUUUGCCAAUCUUGGAGGAAUAUGUGCAAGGACAUUGUUAAGAGCCCUGAGUUCUGCGGCAAACUUACGUUUCCUGUGUCCCUGAAGCAGCCUGGGCCACGAGAUGGAAUCAUUCAAUGCUUUAUCAAACGAGAUAAAUCUAACUUAACAUAUCACCUAUUCCUUUGUUUGAGCCCUGCUUUGUUGGUUGAAAAUGGAAAAUUCCUUCUUUCUGCUAAGAGGACACGGAGAACAACAUACACUGAGUAUGUUAUUUCCAUGGAUGCUGACAACAUCUCAAGAUCAAGUAAUACUUACAUCGGAAAGCUGAGAUCAAACUUUCUUGGAACAAAAUUCAUUAUAUAUGAUACACAGCCUCCCUACACUACUGCUCAUAUAUGCCCUCCGGGGACUGGGAAGACGAGCCGCAGAUUUUCUAAAAAGGUAUCACCUAAGGUCCCAUCCGGGAGUUACAACAUAGCUCAGGUAACAUAUGAACUAAAUGUGCUCGGUACUCGAGGCCCAAGGAAGAUGCACUGCAUUAUGCAUUCAAUACCAAAUUCAGCACUUGAUGCGGGCGGCUCUGUUCCCGGACAGCCAGAACUUAUUCCCCGUUCCCUGGAGGAUUCAUUCAGGAGCAUCUCGUUUUCAAAGUCUCUAGAUCAUUCCAUUGAGUUCAGCAGCUCGCGGUUUUCUGAUAUCGGGGGAUCCUAUAAUGAGGAAGAUGACGGCAAGAUGAGACCUUUGGUUCUGAAAAACAAGCCUCCAAGAUGGCAUGAACAAUUACAGUGCUGGUGCCUCAACUUCCGGGGACGAGUAACUGUUGCAUCUGUUAAGAACUUUCAGUUGAUUGCGUCCACCCAACCACCUGCUGGCGCGCCGACACCAUCUCAACCAGCUCCACCGGAACAUGAUAAGAUAAUUCUGCAAUUUGGCAAAGUUGGGAAAGAUAUGUUCACCAUGGAUUAUCGGUACCCUUUAUCUGCAUUCCAAGCUUUUGCUAUAUGCUUGAGCAGCUUCGACACCAAGUUGGCUUGUGAAUAGGUUUAAUCAUGAAGCAGAUAUUAGUCUUUAAAGUGAACUAAUCAAACUUUUGUGAUGGUAAAAUUCUCUUUGUUUUUAUCUCUUUGUCCUAUUCUUACUACUAGUGUUUAUGGGAUUAGGCCAUUGUUAUUGCUCAGAUAUUAUAUGACUAAAUUGUAACCGGUGUAAUAGGGUUUAAAGCAUUUUUAACUUAAA